AUGUGGGGCGGUGAUGCCGACGCGAAAGCUAGACUCGAUGGGCCGCCGGCUCUGAUCGACAAGAGAUCUCCGCCACUUACGAGUGAAUUAGACGCUCUCUUCUGUAAGCAAGAGUUGGAGAGGUUACAGCGGUUCGAAGAAGCUGUUGCCGCCACAGAAACAGAUAUAGACAUUAAACCCAGGCGAGAGUCAGCGUCUCAGAUCGACGAAUUCUUCGACGUGCCUUCAGCAGCUGCUCUGUCCUCCCACAGUUCUGUGCAACGAUCAGCAGGUACCACCACCAACAUGACCAGCUUUGUGUCGCCUCGUACCAUCCCAUCGCACCCAGAGGACGAUGUUUUUCUGAAACCGCCCCUCUGGGAGGAUAUCACCUCCAGCAUUCAGAAACUCGACCCCGAGAACGCUGACAUGUUAGGCUCCCUCGCGAGUGGUGGUCCGCCUCAAGUCAAGAUGGAAAUCUCGGAUGACCUUACGUCAAGCAUGUCUUGUAGUAGUCUUCCAAUGUUGAACGUUCCGAACAUCAAAACGGAGAAGUUAGCGACUCCUAUCCCACCGCCGCCGCCGGUGCAUCUGUUGGCGACUCCCUCUUCUCCCUUCAGCAAUAGUGUCACCAACUCUCAGUUCCACCAACACAACCAUCUUCACCACCAUCACCACCACCACCAUCAUCUUCCCCCGCCUUCUCAACCGUCUUCGCAGGUUGCCACGCAGCCGCAAGGACAAUCCCCGUCCCAGCCGCCCUCUGCCCACGGGGGUUUCAAGUUCCAUAACGGGCUCGCGGUCAGCUCGUAUCAGCAACAGCUGCAACAGAGGCUGCAGUACGUCCCGCCGCCGACGCCGCCGAUUUCAGAGCCGGGGUCGCCGGGGAACAACUUGCCACCGCGCAGGACACCCCCGCCGCCCUACCCGGCGCCCUCUCACCACGCCGUCGUCGCACCUGUGUUGGCGUCGUCGGCGCCGACCUUGACGCCGACUAGCGCCCCGUCCACUGCCGUCCCUACCGUCAAAUACAACAGGCGCAACAACCCCGAAUUGGAGAAGCGGCGAAUUCAUCAUUGCGAUUAUCCUGGCUGUGUGAAGGUGUAUACCAAAAGUUCUCAUCUCAAGGCACAUCAGAGAAUACACACAGGAGAGAAACCGUAUAAAUGUCACUGGCCAGAGUGCGAAUGGCGCUUCGCCAGGUCUGACGAACUCACCCGCCAUUACCGGAAGCACACAGGAGCGAAACCAUUUAAGUGCAACGUGUGUGAGCGGUCUUUUGCCCGAUCGGAUCACCUGGCGCUCCACAUGAAGAGGCACCAACCCAAAACCCCCAAAUGAAAGACAACGCGCGGCGUCUGCGAUGGUGACGGCGGCGACCAGGGCUGUGCCAGCUACGACUUACAGGAGUCUCGGUUGCGAGCCUGCGACAGCAGGCGAAUCGAUCCUGAGAUGUCUUUCCGACAGCCAGCGGUCUGAACCACGCCCGCUUUCCAACCGUCCCACAGCUCCACAUGCAACACCGUUGUCCAGUGUCGCCCGAAAUGAUGCAUCAGAUUGCGACCUAUUAAGUUACCACUCGCAUCAUCGCUGACUGUUGUAAAGGACAUUGCGGCUAGGCCUGGCGAAGAACAACGCGAAACGGACUGGGGCGAGUACUUCGCGUACCGAUAGCGCUCGACGAAUGAAGUACAAUCGAACACUCUUUUGCCAAGUUCCCUGAUGCAAAUGAUGGGAAUCGUUUAUGUGGAGGACUCCCGUUCUCGAACGUCCUGUCCACUUCCAAAUCUGGAGAAGUUCAAAUUCAUGUGCCAAUUAGUGAUAUGCACUCAAGUGAUAUACUAGACUAGGAGGAAAAUUAUUGUUUGGUGAUACUAGACGUUACAUGUGCUUUCAGUUUGUGUCGCCGAAACGAUGUUAUUUCGGUUUUCCUUCUCCAACUUCUAAUGUGGGCUAAAUCAAAGUACGACUUUGGCAUACCAGUAAGAGGAUGCGAAUAUUAUUUUGUCUUGAAUUUUGAAAUUGCCUUGAGCGUGUUAUGCACCAAAAUGAUUAGACAAAUAUUUGCAUUAUAUUCAAAACGUGGGAAUUUCCCUCUUUAUAACAUAAGAACAUAUUAGAAGUGAAUCAAGUGCCAAACAACGUGCCUCAUUCUGACCAAGUUAAGAAUUCUCCUGUGUUUUUCACUCAAAAUGCAAAUUGUUUAUUCCCUAUCCCAGCCUUCAAUUUUUAAGGUUUCAUUCAUUUAAACUGAGUGUUCUCAAUGAACUGUUUCGUGCUCAGCAAUGGGGAAUUUACAUCCAAUUAAAAAGACCAUUUUGUAAAUCACAUAAAUAAAAUUGAUUAUAUCAAAUAUUUAUAAAAUGUAUUAACCCAUUAACAGGUUCGGGAAAAACUGAACAUAAACACUGUAUUUUGUAUAAUUGUACAAUAUACGUUUCUUAGAGUUGCAAUAAUAUACUGAUUGUUAAUUUUGAUACUUGUGCGGAUGUGAAAAUCCAAUGAAAUGAAUGUUAAAAUAUAUUUUUUGUGUUGAUGUUUUCAUUAUCUAGCAAAAGUUGCUGCUGUAGUUACCAAGACUUCAAAGUCUUCAAGAAGAAAACAAAAACAAACAAAAAAGAAUGAAAAAAAGAGAUCUAUAAUGGCUGAAUAACCUCUGUUCCACUCGAUCACACGAGUGUUCUCAAAUACAAGAGGUGUUAUUCAGUAUUCUUAAUCAAUUCACUAUUAACUUUCUACAAUAUAAGAAGAUGCAAAAAUAAUUAUUGUAGAAAAUGUACAAAUGAAUUAAGGAUCCAAGGAUUUGUAUAAUAUAAAUAACCAAUUAUAUAUUGGCAGUUAAUCGUACUCUUCUGAGAUAAUAUAUAUAGUUUCCUAAUGUUAAAAUCAAUGAAGCAGUCAAAUUAUAUUAUGAGUUAUAAAGCAGCAAUGUUUGCUAGAGUAUGAUUUCCAAUUUGAUCACACUAUUCUUAAAUGUACAGAUAAAUAAUGCUAUAUUUUGUUAAAUAUUUUUCAUAAAAAGAGUAUGUUGAAAUACCGACUAAGCAAUUUGUUACCUUUGAAAAAUAUUUUAUUAGCAGAGAUUGCCUAUGCACAAUUUAAUGCAAAGUUUCAUUUGAUGCUCGAAUGCUCCAAACAGCAGUUUUCCUAUUACAAGAAUGUUGACUCAAGGGUUUCACAGCAGCUGUAUUCAGCGAAUGUUAAAUUAUUAUUAUUAUAUCCUUAUGAGAAUUGCUAUUUAUUCCUAAAUUUCAUCUUCUGUUUUAAUAUGUAAUUGACAUUACAAAAGCCUUCAGAAAAAAUACAUAGUGCCGUAGAAAUAUUAUUUCUGUUUUCAGAUUGAAUUUUUAUAAAUCUUUAAGUAGAAUAACCAAAAUACAUUCCCUCAAUUCUCAGUAUUAUGUCUCUUACUUUGAAAUUUGACUCAUAACCUGUAUUUCUCCUCAAAAUACAUAUUGGUCUUUCUAUUAA